GUCUCCAUGGCGGCGGCGAGCACCGGGCCGUACCGGCGGGAGCGGAGCCUGGCGCUGCGGAGCAGCAGCUCGGCGCUGUACAACAACCUGGCCGUGCUGUGCGGCCCCGCCCGGGCCCCGGCCUUCGGAGCCGUGCACGGCAGCAGUCUCAGCCUGCUGGCCAGCGAGGGGCCCCCCCGGCAGCUGCAGGCCAGGGGAGGGGGCUCUGCCCUCAGCACGCCCCUGCUGACCCAGGCCGCGUGGUGCCAGCUGCCGGCGCGGGUGCUGCUGGUGCUCACGUCCCAGCGCGGGGUCCAGAUGUACGAGGCUGAUGGCUCCACCAUGGUGUUCUGGCACGCCCUGGAUGUCCCCGAGCUGCCGGCAGCACAUUCCAUGUUUGCCCGAGGCAUCGCCGCUGCUGGCGGCCGCUUCAUCUGCGUGGGGACGUCCUUUGGGGCCGUGCUGGUGUUUGACAUCCCCCCAAAAGGGACCAACGUGACGCUGAGCGAGGUCCUGGAGCAGCACCGGGAUCCCAUCACCGACAUCGCGGCCGAGCAGGGCCAGGCCCCGGACGGGGCUGGGGACCUGGUGACAGCCGAUGACUCCGGGACGCUCUGCCUCUGGAGCAGCGGGGAGGAGUUCACCCUGCUGGGGAAGAUCCCGGGAUCUGGCUGCAGCUGCUCCUCGGUGGCGCUGUGGAACGGGAUCGUGGCCGCGGGCUAUGGGAACGGGCAGAUCCGGCUGUGGGAGGCGGCGUCGGGGCGGAUCCGCGCCCAGGUCAGCGCCCACGCCCGCUGGAUCUACGCGCUCGACCUGGCACCGCUCAGCGGCAAGCUGCUCUCGGGUGCAGAGGAUUCCUUUGUCCACGUCUGGAAGCUCAGCAGGGACCCGGACACCGAUGACAUCGAGAUGCAGCACUGCCACGCCGAGUGUGUGACGGACACUCAGGUGUGCGGCGCCCGCUUCUGCGACCCCGCCGGGGACACCUUCGCUGUCACCGGCUACGACCUGAGCGAGAUCCUCUGCUACGGCGCCGCCUGAGCCGGGACUGCCGGGAUAACGGGAAUGCCGGCACGCCCCGGCGGCGCCGCCGGGGGAAGGGGCGAGCACAGACCCCCCUGCAGCUCCGGCCGGGAUCCCCCCCUGCCCGAAGCCCUCCCGAGGGCUGGGAGCUGCUCCGGCUGCAGCACCCCCGAGGGGAUCCUCCCAUGGCUCCCACCGGCUCCGGGAUCCUCCCGCGGCCUCCCGCCCUUCCCGGAGGGUGGCGUGGCUGGGAACAGAGCCGGCUCAGACGGGAGGAUCCCGGGAAACCUGUGCUACCUGCUGCUCCGGCCGGAGAGCCCAGCCCAGCGCCCCAGCGUGCAGCAUUGCCAGCCACGGCUGCUGGGGAGGGGAAAAAGGGGGGAGGGAGCCCAGGGGGACCUGGGGGAUCCUGCAUCCCAACCCCCCAGCAUCCCAAAUCCCCACGGGAUGCUGCAGUCCCAUGGCCACUGGCCAGAUGUUUGAGGCCCCAGCUGUGCUCCGGGGCUGGAAACAGCAGCAGCAGCUGCAGCGGGACCCCAGGGACGUCCCCAGGUCCCCUCCAGCCGCCCUGACUGUCCCUGACCCCCCCUUGGGAGCUGAGGUGACCCCAGCCUGUGCUCCCAGGGCCCUGCGAGGCCGGGAGGGGGGAAUGGGGGUCCAGCCCUGGAGCUGGGGGGGCUCACCUGGGACAGGCCCUAGAAACAACCCCCCCCACCCCUCCGGGGAUCUCCCCCACCCAUAAAUGACCCCCCCACCCCGUAUGUCCCACUCGUGUCCCCCCCAGUGUGUG